UGUAUCACUGAAACAAGCUUAGCAAUAAUGGGGUUUUGGCAGGUUGGAGUUGGAUUGGUGUUUGUUCUUGCACUUGGAUUUUCUGAAGUACAAUGGAGAGCAAGAGCAGCACAUAAUCGGAGUCCAAGUGCAGCACAUAAUUGGAAUCCAAGCCAUUUUAGGCCAAGGGCAUUAGCUCAAGUUUUUCAACAGGCUGAUUCUAGGAAGUCUUUGGUUCCCAAUAAUCCUGUAUUUGCACCACAAAGGUCUCCUGCUCAGUUUCCUGUUCAACACCAGCCAUGACCGACUUUGGAAAACCUUCUCAAGAUCUUUUGGGUGUUCAGUCAAAAGAGCUGUUGCAGGGUCCAGUGACAAAACUGACGUGGAGCUUUCCAAGUCUACCAGAGGAACCACAGCAGCCAGACAUUCCCUUCGAGCUGCCGCAUCCUAUCCCUCCCAACAGUGUAGCGGCUCAGUGUGGAGAGAAUUCAGUAUAUGUGGAAGUGAAGGAGGACUUCUUUGGGACGGGGCACCCACUGUUGUCUUCUGCUUUUACACUGGGAGGCUGUGCUGCAACUGGAAAGGAUCCUUCUGCUCAAGUGCUCAUUUUUGAGUCUGAACUGCAUGGAUGUGGCAGCACAUCAACAGUGACUGAGGAUGAGCUUGUCUAUACGUUUAACCUCAUCUACACCCCACAAGAGGCUUCCUAUGGUGUUCCAAUUGUCAGGAGCAGUGGUGCGGUGGUUGGUAUUGAGUGUCACUAUCCAAGAAUGCAUAAUGUGAGCAGCAAUGCCUUGAUGCCCACUUGGAUCCCACACGCCUCAACUAAAGUUGCAGAGGAAGUCUUUGUCCUGUCCCUCAAGCUCAUGACUGAUGACUGGACUUUUGAGAGGCCUUCUAACCAGUACUUCCUGGGCGACAUCAUAAAUCUUGAAGCAUCAGUGCAUGUGUACAACCAUGUUCCCGUCCGUGUGUUUGUGGACAGCUGUGUGGCUACUGCGGUCCCUGAUGUCACUUCUGUCCUCAGAUACUCCUUCAUUGAGAAUAAUGGGUGCCUAGUUGAUGCUAAGCUCACAGGCUCCAGGUCUCACUUUAUGCCCCGGACUCAAAUUGACAAGCUCCGGUUUCAGCUGGAUGCGUUCAGGUUCCAGCAAUCAGACAGUGGACUGGUCUACAUUACUUGCAUUGUGAAGGUGACGGCAGCAUCCGCUCCAACAGCACCCGAACAGAAAGCUUGUUCAUUCUCUCCUAAUGGUUGGGUGUCUGCAGAUGAUUCUGACCAGGUGUGUGGCUGCUGUGACUCCACUUGUGGCAUCCGAAGUGCAAGUGAUCAGCUGCUUGCAGAUCCACGAUGGGAAAGGGCAUCUGUUGGCCCCAUCAAUGUUAAGGAAUAUGGCUAUAGCCAAAAAUAACUGGAAAUGCCAUGUGACUUAAUAAAAGAAAUGGUCAUAAUUG